GGAGCGGAAGGGCGGGGGGGUCCGCUGGCGGCAGAAUGAGCAGGUUCGGCGGGGUGAUGCGGGAGUAUCCGCGCCUCUCCAUUGACCGCUUCGACCGGGAGAACCUGCGCGCCCGCGCGUACUUCCUCUCCCACUGCCAUAAGGAUCACAUGAAAGGCCUGAGAGCCCCUCCUAUGAAAAGACGACUGGCGUGUAGCUUGAAAGUUCACCUGUAUUGUUCACCUGUGACAAAGGAAUUGCUACUGUCUAGUCCACGAUACAAAUUUUGGGAAAAUCACAUUGUUGCUCUGGAAGUUGAAACACCGACUCAGAUUUCUCUCAUUGAAGAAGCAUCAGGCGAGAAAGAAGAUAUAGAGGUAACGCUUCUGCCGGCCGGCCAUUGUCCAGGAUCGGUUAUGUUUCUCUUCCAAGGUGAAAAUGGGACUGUGUUGUAUACGGGGGAUUUCAGGCUUGCAAGAGGAGAAGUGGCUCGAAUGGAACUUUUGCAUUCAGGAAGCAGAGUGAAAGAUAUCCAGAGUGUCUAUUUAGACACCACAUUCUAUGAUCCCAAAUUUUAUCAAAUACCAAGCCGGGAAGAAUGUAUGAAGGGGAUAAUGGAAUUAGUGCGAAGCUGGGUGGUUCAAAGUCCCUAUCAUGUGGUAUGGUUGAACUGCAAAGCAGCUUAUGGAUAUGAGUAUUUAUUCACAAAUCUCAGUGAAGAGCUUGGAAUCAAGGUGCAUGUGAACAAGUUGGACAUGUUUAAAAACAUGCCAGAAAUCCUCUACCAUGUUACCACAAAUCAGCACACCCAGAUUCACGCAUGUCGCCACCCAAGGGAUGAUGAAUUGUUCCGAGGGAACAAACUGCCUUGUGGAAUUACUUCCCAGAAUGGACAUCAGUUUCAUGUUAUUAGUGUCAAGCCAUCCACCAUGUGGUUUGGAGAAAGGACACGGAAAACCAGUGUAAUUAUGAGGACUGGAAUGAGUUCCUACAGGGCUUGCUUUUCAUUUCACUCUUCUUAUAGCGAGAUCCAAGAUUUCUUGAGCCAUAUUUGCCCAGAGAAUGUGUACCCCAAUGUAAUUCCAGUGGGUUCAACGGAGGACAAGGUUAAAGAAAACCUGGAGCCGUUUUGCAGAAAGUACAGAAAAAAUAACCAGCCAACUUAUAAGCCACUUGGAGUGCUGAAGAGGGCAAGAACCUCAGAGCUACUAGGCCCAAAUGGUGGUAGUGAUGAUAAUGAGGAUGAUGAUCUCUUUGAUACUGAAUUGAUUCCUACAAAGUACAAGAUUCCAAAAUUACUGUCAGAGAUUGGAACAUCAGACAAACCUCUUCCCCCAAAUCAUCAAGGAGAUAACAGUUGUAAGGCAUCUUCUACACCUACCUCUUUAAAGGCUGAUUUUGUGGAGUGUGAAGAAUCUAAUGAUGAGGAUGAUGAAGAUGAAGAGGAGGAAGAAUAUGAGAAAGAGACAGUUCUUCCUGAAAUUCCAUUACCGAGAACAGACUCCACUGCAGUGUUGCAGAACCCCAACAGCCUUGUCUGUUCAACAGAUACAGGGAAGCAAAAUGACCAACAGCAGUCUAACUUGGAAGUGCCAAAAUGGGAUAGUUUCUUUAGACGACAUACAGAAGAUUCAGAGACUUCUGACCAUGAGGACCAUCUGCCAUGCACAGACUCAGCUGAGCAGCAUUCUCCCUACCCUUUCAACGAUGACGAUUUUAGUGACUCAACUCACAUCUCCUCUCAAAAUUCUUCUCAAUCAACCCACAUAUCUGAACAGGGUAGCCAAGGAUGGGACAGUCAAGGUGAUACCGUACUCAUUUCCUCACAAGAGCGAAGGAAUUUUGAGUUUAAGGGGGCAGCCGAAAGAAUAAUGACCUAUACACCUCAUCUCUUUACAGGAGAAAAGAAAAUGGACUUGCCAAGUAGCAAGCCUUUGGAUCAUGGUGCACCUUCUACAGACAAAGUUAACUUUGAAUGCAAAACCAAAGAUUGGGGUACAGCAGUUCCCCAUCAAACGGAAUCAGUAGAUGAGAGGAGCAAAGAAGAAGGAAGGUCAGAAACACUCAAUCCAGAGGUCCAAAUUGACUCCCAGAGCUCUUCUGAUUUUGAAGUCCCACCUACUCCUGGGGCUGAGAUUCCUAAACCUGAGCAACUGUGCAGUCUCUACCAAAAGCUGGCAGCUGGAGAAAGUCUACACUGAUUGAGGAAGCCACAGGAACUAUAUGCUCUUUUAGUAUUAGCAACAUCAGCCUUCCUAAAUAUUGGUCCUGACUGUUGAUUCGUGUCCAAUUUUAGGUUUUAGCUUUUGAAAAAUGCUGCAGUUAUGAAUGCAUAAUUUUAGUAUUGUUUGCAGUUAACACUGAAAAGGGGAAAGGAUCUGUGCAAUCAAUAAAUUACAGCAUCUGUCCGCUUGGGAAUAUUGAAAGCAAGUGGAAAUGUAAUGAUAAAACAGGCAUUGUGUUUUGGGUUCCAAACUAUGGAUGUCACAGUGGUUUUUCUUCCGCUUAUUAAAAAGGAAAGAUCCACUGGAGUGCUGAUGUGAAGCAUUUGGGCAUUUCUCAAGCAUGGCUUGUUGCAACCACAAGGAAAGACAUGAGGCCAAAUGGACAUUUUUGUCAUUCCAUUCUUUCAUGGCACUUACAGGAGGAGAAGCAUUAUUUCUGAGGCUUUUAAUUUCCCUCCUGCAGAAUUGGAGCCCACCAGCCUGUGGCUAGAAACCAACCAAUUUUAUUAGUCUUGAACAUAAUGUUUCAGCUGUCUGUAGUUGUUAAAAGUCAAUGUUUUAUCCCAGUUGUUAUACAGUAUCCUACUAUGGAUCUUGGCGUUUAGUUUCACGAGGUCUAAUCAUUUAGAUUCUGUUCUUGACAUACCUAAAUAUGUAUCUUCCACAGCUCCCCUCCCACUGGCUUUCAGAUCCUGAGUGAAGGUUGGAUCUCAGGUUCCUCUUCAUGAGUAACCCCUGGCCUGUUGCCUUCACCUCAAAAUUGCCACGCUUAGGCCUUUGGGCCGUGUUCCUUUGCCUGCAAGCAGGACUCACUGUUUUAUUUCCACGUAAUGUUUCUGGUAUUCUUACGUGGUAGCUCAUAAGACCAGUUCUGUGGUUUCCUUUGGGGUCUUUAAUAGUGGGAAAAGGGUGUGCUUCCCAUACUCAAAUUUCACUAUAUUAUUUUUAAAGAGCUGGUUCUCUCCUUUCUGCUUCACUAAUAGAUCAGGGAAUACCAUGUGAUAAUUCUCUCUGCCUGUGCUAGGCAGAAACUAGAAUCGCUGCAUUUUUGUUUUGCAGCUUCUAUCAUGUGUUCAAAGCUUGUUUCUCCUGCUCGUAAAUUACCUGACCAGCCUGGGAUCGAAUUUAGCCCACGUUAACUGAAGUGUGACUGUGAUUGCUGCCAAAUUCUUUUGUACAGUGCACUCACAUUUAUCCAUAAAAGGAUUUCUGUUUUGUAGUCUUUUUAGAGUUUUCAUUUUCCCCUGUAUUUUUCCAUAUCAUUCCUACUGAAGGUUAAUGUCAUAUGGGUUCUAUUGCUCUAUAAAGGGAGGCUGAGUAAACAAGGUCCCAGAGGCGUGCCUAUAUAAAACUGGAAGGGAAGUGUUAAGCUUAUGAAUAAUCUUUUAACAUACUGUACCAAGAGGCUUAAUCAUGCAAAAAAACCCAUUAACAAGGUGGGCACAGUUCAGCCUAUCCUCAUGACUACCGGGCACUUAGGAUACCUAAUUUCUGAUUAGUUUUUAACUUCAAUGAUUUCAGUCACCAAUGAAGGCUUCCUGUUAAACUUAUUACGUAUGAUGAAUAUAAAAAACAUAGGGUUUAUUAUUCACAAAUAACAGAAGUUAGAUUCUGCAAUGUACAUGGUUCAUAAAAUAACUGAAGCCAAUCCGCCAAGUUUUAUGCGCAUAGUGAAAGCUCCCAAACUGAUCUAUGGGUCUGUGUGUGUGUGUAC